AUGGCCCCCGCAAGUGAAGAUGCGCUCACUAAAGUGUCUACGGAUGCGGCUACGGAAUUUGUGCAGUCAUUCUACCCCGCCCUUCAGUCCAACCGCGGUACGAUAUCAUCUUUUUACAACCAAACUAUCUCCAUGAUUCUAUUCAACGGCAAUGUUGUCGCCGAUGGCAAAGCGGUUCAAGAAAUAUUUGUCAAUCAGAUGCCACCAGCGCAUUACGAAGUGCAGUCGUUCGAUUGCCAAAUCAUCAACCCAACAUAUCCCACGCCUACAGCGACUGGGCUUAAAGCUCCGAACGAAACCACUCUCAAGGACAAAUCGAUUUUGGUGCUAGUCAGCGGAUACGUGCGAUUUGGAGAGUCUCGCGAUCUUCCACAGCGUGGGUUCAGCGAAACUUUCGUGCUAGUGCCAAACCCUUCUGCCGAUGGCCCCAAGGGCAAACGCAAGCGAGAAUGGCUUAUUGAAUCUCAGACGUUCCGGCUGGUUGUUUGA